GGAUCCUCAGUAGUGGAUAGGCAGUCACAGAAGGAUAGGGAAACGAUAGCAGAAAUAUCAGCUAUUGAUGAAUCUGACUCCGUAAUAGACCAGCAAAAUGAUGUCAACACUAAAGGUACGAGAUCUAGGGCUGUGCAAUCAGAAUGGUUUGACUCUCACCCCACAGAUCGAAAAGGUGAUUCCUGGGAGAAGAAUUUGGAUUCAGAGCCAUUCAUAGCCGAUAUCUCUGGUAUCAAUUCUCAGGAUUCUGUCAUUCCCUUGAACGAAAAAGAUGAACAAGAUGUUUAUCUUGCCAGUCUAUCAUCCGAAUUAUGUGUUGCUUCGCCCGGCUUUGAAUAUAGUAAGGACGGGAAAGUUCCCUAUAAACAAAAAGUAGAAAAAGGUUUA